AUGGACUUAAAGAAACAUACUAUAUGUUACAGUGGUAAAGCAGAAGGCAAUAAGGAAUAUGGUGUAGCCUUUGUAAUAGAACAAGAAUUUAAAAGUGCAAUAAUAGACUUUAAACCAAUGAGUGAAAGAAUUUGCACUUUGAGAAUUAGAACAACAUUUUUCAAUAUGACAUUGAUGAACGUACACACACUUACAGAAGAAAAAGAAGAGGAGGUCAAAGACUAUUUCUAUCAACAAAUGGAAGGGACAUAUGAUUCGAUACCAAGUAAUGACAUAAAGGUUAUUUUAAGGGAUCUUAACACCAAAACAGAUAAAGAGAAGGAAUACAGAGGAGUAAUUGGGACAGAAAGUUUACACGAUAUAACCAACCAUAAUGGAAUAAAUUUAAUAGAUUUUGCAGAAAGUAAGAACUUGAUCAUCAGGUCUACAUACUUCCUGCAGAAAAAUAUACAUAAAAGGACAUGGGCAGCACCAGAUGUGGUAACCUUCAAUCAAAUAGAUCAUGUCCUCAUGGGGAAGAGAUUUGCGAUGAAUAUCCUGGAUGUAAGAACAUUAAGAGGGGCAAACUGUGAUAGUGAUCAUUACUUAGUACAGGUUAAAUAG